AGACAGUCAGGCAGUUAGGCAGUUACUAGUUACAGGCAGUUUUAUGACAGUUUCCAACAGAUGUGUUGGUUAGAAACUGUUGUGUCUAUUUGUAAUGGUUGUGUUGUUUAGUCCUCUAUUUAUAUGUAUGGGCACAUUGUUCUGGACAGCAGUUCCACAAUAAAAACACACUGUUUCUAUACUUUAGAUCUGUCAUUAUUUCUCUCAAGUCUGGUGUAUACUUUUAUAUGAGGACUUCUCUCAAAUAAAUACAUUCAAUGUUAAUGCGCAGGACCCUCUUCAUAGCCGUGAGAUGAGAGCUGCGGGGGGCAUGGAGAUGAAGACAGAGCUGCUGUACGACAUAGAAAUUGGCAUCCCUGCUCUAGAGUCCCGACAUUCUCCUCUCCUUCCGCCCCCGCAUUUGGGCGUCUGGCACUGGCGUCUAGCCGGUCAAUCUCCAUCUUCGUCUUAUUCGAGUCUGCUGAUGGUGAAUUGUGCAUUUAGAAAACAGUGAAGCAUCGAACAAUUUCAUUCCCCUGGAAGGCAGACAUCAUCCCAGCAAAUCAAGAGGCUUCUCAGGG